AACACUUUACAGAUAAGACUUGCCCUACUAUAUAACAACUGAUCUUUUGUUUUCAUCUUAGAUUAGCACAGGACACAGUUUUGGAAUAAUUAUGAUCCGUACAUUAGUAUUUGGCUUAUUUUGCGUGGCAUUUGCUAUGUCUAUGACGACUACGCACAAGCCUCAUCAUGGACACCAUGGUACAGGACCUACAGUUGAACCCGCUGAGCAUGAGAAUUUCAAGUUUGUGUAUGAGCCACACUCGCAAAUGAUGUUAGUUGUUAAUGGACACAAAUGUUACAUCUUCUCCCUGUCCGAUUCAGAGAGAGCUUCAAUACACACUGACGCCGGCAUUAGGGCUGUUGAGUUAAAACUUCUGAGCACAUUGAGCACUGCAGCUGUUACCGAGGUUACAAAAGACCAAAUCCCUGCAAAGACUGCUCAUGUAUGUGGAGGACAUAUAACCAACUAUUACACUCAAACUACUGUGUAAAAAUGAGAUAACAAUAAAUGCCAUUUUACUA